AACAUUAUAAUCAUUUCCUUAGCUUUGAAAGCUUCCUAAUAGCUUUGAAAGCAAAUAACAACCCUCUUGAAUAAAACUUUUAUUUAAAGUAAGUAAAAAGACCAAAAUGCCCUCCGACAACGUAGCGAGUGCCAGCGGAAAUGGACAAACCGUUUGUGUAACGGGUGCGGGUGGUUUCAUUGCCUCAUGGCUUGUUAAGCUCCUCCUUGAGAAAGGUUACACUGUCAAGGGCACUGUUCGAAAUCCAGAUGAUCCAAAGAAUGCACAUUUGAGGGAGCUAGAAGGGGCAGAAGAGAGGUUAAUAUUAUGCAAGGCUGAUCUUCUUGAUUUUGAGGGACUCAAAGCUGCCAUUUCUGGUUGUCAUGGUGUUUUUCAUACUGCUUCUCCUGUUACUGAUGAUCCUGAGCAAAUGGUGGAGCCAGCAGUGAUAGGAACAAAAAAUGUAAUAACAGCAGCAGCAGAUGCAAAAGUUAAGCGUGUGGUAUUCACCUCUUCAAUUGGAGCAGUUUAUAUGGAUCCUAAUCGGAGCCCCGAUAAGGUGGUGGAUGAGAGUUGUUGGAGUGAUCUCGACUUUUGCAAGACCACUAAGAAUUGGUAUUGCUACGGAAAGGCGGUGGCGGAGCAGGCGGCAUGGGAGGUGGCAAAGGAGAAAGGAGUGGACUUAGUGGUGGUGUGUCCAGUGUUAGUGUUGGGGCCCAUAUUGCAAUCAAGCAUAAAUGCAAGCAUAAUUCAUAUACUAAAGUACUUAACUGGGUCAGCCAAGAAAUAUGCUAAUUCAGUACAAGCAUACGUGCAUGUUAAAGAUGUGGCACUAGCCCAUAUUUUGGUGUACGAGACUCCCUCUGCUUCUGGAAGGUACCUUUGUGCUGAAAGUGUCCUUCAUCGUGGGGAUGUUUGUGACAUUUUAGCUAAGUUUUUCCCAGAGUAUCCUGUUCCCACCGAGUGCUCAGAUGAAGUGAAUCCAAGAGCAAAACCAUAUAAAUUUUCAAACCAAAAGCUCAAGGAUUUAGGGUUGGAAUUCACCCCAGCUAAGCAAUGUCUAUACGACACCGUUAAGUGUCUCCAAGAAAAAGGACACCUUCCUCUUCCUCUUCCUCUUCCUCUCCCUUCACAACAAGAUCAAGAUCAAAAUGCCAUUCGUAUUCAAUCAUGAAACCUAAAUCAAGUUCCUAAUUAUGAAAAUGAAAAUAAAAUUAAUAAUUGUACUUAUAAUGGAACUAUGGUUACUAAAUUAUGCUUGUUUUAUUUUGAAGCAUAUCAAUAUUAAUUUUUAAUUUCUAAUGAAUUGUACUACUACUACUUUUUGCUUUAUAUAUACUCUCUAAUUUCAUAUAAUCUUCUCAAAUAGAAUUUACGAAUUUUAGUGUAAAACUCUGACUAUAAUUUUUCAUCAAUCCAUAUGAAAAAACGUAUUCAUAUGGAAUCUUGAUAGAUUCGUCUCAACAUAUAUUUUCUAAAAAUCAACUUUUAGAAUUUUUAGAGACUCAUAAUUAAAAUUAUUUGACUUCUAAGUUUGCAUUGGAAUCUGCGCGAACAGUGAAUCAGAAGAAAACAAAUGAAAACAGAGGGAGUAAUUUAAUUAAAAAAUGGCUUUAAUGAAUGACAACAAUUUUAAGGCCCGGAUAAGGUAGCAUUCUUGUCCUUUUAUCGUUUUAUUUUGUUGGUUACAAUUGUUUUUUAUAGUUUAAUUUUAAAUUAUAAU